AUGAGUGAAGAAAUAGAACCUCAUAUUCUCCGAAAAUUCGAAAUUAUUUAAAAAUUAGGAAAAGGUGCUUAUGGAAUAGUAUGGAAAGCAUAUUAGUAAAAAACAAAGUAAACUAUAGCUUUAAAGAAGGUUUUUGAUGCCUUUCAUAAUGCCACAGAUGCUCAACGUACAUUUCGUGAAGCAGAAAAUAAUAAGGAUUUAUAUAUGGUUUUUGAUUUCAUGGAAACUGAUUUACAUGCAGUAAUUAGGGCAAAUAUACUUGAAGAAAUUCAUAAACAAUAUGUUGUUUAUUAAAUUUUGAAAGGAAUCAAAUAUAUACAUUCAGGAGAAAUUAUUCAUAGAGAUUUAAAACCUUCUAAUAUAUUACUAAAUAGUGAAUGUCUUGUAAAAUUAGCAGAUUUUGGCCUUGCUAGGUCUCUCGCUGCUUAAGAUGGAGAAAGUGAUGCGGUUAGAACUGAAUAUGUGGCCACAAGAUGGUAUAGGGCUCCUGAAAUAUUACUGGGAAGCUCUAAAUAUGCAAAAGCAGUAGAUAUGUGGUCAAUUGGUUGCAUUAUAGGAGAGUUAGUGACUAAUAGAGCUAUAUUUACAGGAAAAAGAGUAGAGAAAAAAUAUAAUUGA